UCUGUCGUGCUCUUAUUUUCCAAUUCGAAAAUAAAUUAAUUCUCGAUUGUACUGAAAGUAUUGUGAAAAACGUGUCUAAUAUACCUAUUCUAAGGCUAUAAAAUUAAAAAAAAAUUUAAACUAAAACGCUGACGCAUUUUAUGACGAAAUUUAUCUUAUUUUCUGCCUUGGAGGAGCUGCAGAGUUGUAGUAAUCUAUCCACAUAGGGAAAAAAUUACCUUAAGACAUUUUUUCUUGCGUUAUCGCUGUAAAAGCAACGUUAAGAAAUAAUUAACAAAGAAAAUGUUACAGAUACAAAAAAACUAGACUUAAACUACAAAAGGGAAAGGUCUUGACAACUAGAUUUUGGCAAAACCGACUUAAAACACUUUCCAGAGAUGGGUGACGUCGAUCCAGAGACCCUUUUGGAAUGGCUUUCUAUGGGACAGGGUGAUGAGCGCGAUAUGCAACUCAUCGCUUUGGAGCAGCUGUGCAUGCUAUUGUUAAUGUCUGAUAAUGUGGAUAGAUGUUUUGAGAGUUGUCCACCAAGAACAUUUCUCCCGGCACUUUGUAAAAUAUUUCUUGAUGAAUUGGCUCCAGAAAAUGUCCUUGAAGUUACUGCACGAGCAAUUACAUACUAUUUGGAUGUUUCUGCUGAAUGUACUCGACGUAUAGUUGCUAUUGAUGGUGCUAUUAAAGCUAUAUGUAAUCGUCUUGUUGUUGCCGACUUGUCGUCUCGCACAUCACGCGAUUUAGCUGAGCAAUGCAUAAAAGUUUUGGAGUUGAUUUGCACAAGGGAAGCGGGCGCAGUCUUUGAGGGAGGCGGUCUAAAUUGUGUAUUAACCUUCAUUAGAGACAGUGGAUCGCAAGUUCACAAAGACACACUGCACUCAUCAAUGGCUGUCGUUUCGCGUUUGUGUACCAAAGUUGAGCCAAAUACACCUUGUAUUCAAAAUUGUGUCGAAAGUCUAAGUACAUUGCUGCAACAUGAAGAUCCAAUGGUUUCGGAUGGCGCUUUAAAGUGUUUUGCUUCUGUGGCCGAUCGUUUCACACGGAAAUGGGUAGAUCCCGCACCCUUAGCUGAAUAUGGUUUAGUGAACGAAUUACUUAAACGUUUGAGUAAUGCAGCAGGGCCAGUUGGCAAUGCAAGCUUGGGGGUACCAAAUGCUACAACUCCAACUACUACUGGAUCAUCAAUUACGAGUAAUCCUGUCGAUGCGCUGGCAGCACCUGUAGCAGCUCCUAUUCAAAAAUCUCAAACAGCAGAUACCAGUCGUUCUUCACAGUCGAUAUCCACAACUAUUUCUUUGCUUUCGACAUUGUGUCGGGGUUCAUCCUCCAUAACUCACGAAUUGCUACGUUCUCAGUUACCAGACGCGAUUGAGCGUGCGCUUAAAGGGGAUGAAAGAUGUAUUUUGGAUUGCAUGAGGUUGGCUGAUCUAUUACUAUUAUUACUUUUUGAGGGUCGACAAGCUUUGAACCGAGUGGGUGCCGCUGGUGGACAAGGAGGCCAAUUGUCAUCUCGUGCUCGUCGCAAUGAUUCUACAGUGGAACGAACCCAUCGUCAGCUGAUUGAUUGUAUACGCUCUAAAGACACCGAAGCUUUGCAAGAAGCCAUUGAGUCAGGAGGAAUAGAUGUAAAUUGCAUGGACGAUGUAGGACAAACUCUAUUGAAUUGGGCCUCUGCCUUUGGCACUUUGGAAAUGGUUGAAUAUUUAUGCGAGAAAGGUGCUGAUGUAAACAAAGGCCAACGUAGCUCUUCUCUGCAUUAUGCUGCCUGUUUUGGACGACCUGGAAUUGCAAAAGUGUUGCUUAAAUAUGGUGCUUAUCCUGAUUUGCGUGACGAAGACGGAAAAACGCCUCUGGACAAAGCCAGGGAACGCAAUGACGAUGGCCAUCGUGAAGUAGCUGCUAUUCUACAAUCGCCUGGCGAAUGGAUGGCAGCAGGGCAUAGCCUUGUCAAUAAGGAUGGAUCCGACGAUAACUGCACUAUUGAACCACGUGGGGACCCCGAAAUGGCUCCAGUUUAUUUAAAAUUGUUUUUGCCCAUGUUCUGCCGAACAUUUCAAGGAACUAUGUUAAGUAGUGUAAGACGCGCCAGUUUGGGCUUGAUAAAAAAAAUGGUUCAAUACGCAAAUCCCCAAGUUCUAAAAGGACUUUGCAAUACCAACUCUGAGGCAACAUCGAGCGACAAAUCACUAAUUGCCAUUAACACUUGUUGUAACCUAGGAACCCUAUUGAUUGAAGUUGUUGCUAGUGUUCUAGACAACGAGAUAAGCUACAGUUGGCCAAGGCUAUGGUAUUCCACAUACAAUGGCAUAUUAACACCUGUUCGGCAUGCUAAGGCACAAGCAACGGAUCCUCGUUAUAUUAUGUCGUUGGAAAAAAAUACCGACAAUAGGGACGAUGACGAUGGCCAUCUUGUUGUACUUACAAUAAUAGAGGAGCUUAUGAGUAAAACUCAAGAUGAAUUUUUGGAUCACUUUGCUCGUUUGGGGGUCUUUUCAAAGGUGCAGUCUCUGGUGGACGCAGAAAAUGAGAACGACACAAUUAAGCACGUCAAUCCUACAAUAAGUUCAACAUCAGCAACAACAACUGAUGAACGUCAACAUACUGCCACAUCUCUGGUUGUAUCAGGCAGUGUGGCCACAUCUACCCAACAACAGCAAACAGAAGAUACAAUGGAAGAUGCUAAAGAAAUCUUGCAAGGCAAAGCUUAUCACUGGCACGAGUGGAGUAUUUGUCGUGGUCGAGAUUGUUUGUACGUUUGGUCCGAUUCAGCCGCUCUAGAGCUUUCAAAUGGUUCUAAUGGUUGGUUUCGUUUCAUUCUGGAUGGGAAAUUAGCAACUAUGUAUUCCAGUGGCAGUCCCGAAAAUGGCAACGAUAGUUCAGGACGGGACCGCGGCGUGGAUUCUUCGAAUAGUGAAGAAAAUCGUGGAGAAUUUUUGGAAAAGCUUUUACGGGCACGUUCUGCCGUGCGACCAGGAACGCCUUCUCAGCCUAUUUUGCCUACAGUUAGCGUUCUCCGUCUAGUGGUUGGCAAUUGGGUGUUACAGUCACAGAAACCGAAUCAGUUGCAAGUACACAAUACAGAAGGACAUCAGGUUACCAUUUUGCAAGAUGAUCUUCCAGGCUUUAUAUUCGAAAGCAAUCGAGGUACGAAGCAUACCUUUACAGCGGAAACUACUUUAGGCCCGGACUUUGCAACCGGUUGGUCUACUAAUAAAAAGAAGAAAGUUAAGUCUAAAACUGAAAUGCAAAAAACUCAAGUAAGGAAUAUGGCUUGUGACAUUUACAACAAAUACUUCAAGGCUGCACAAGCUGUACCUAGAGGAGCUGUUGCCAAAUUGACCAGCAUUGUGAAAAGAAUUGAAGUUGCUCUAGAGGAGCAACGACUUCCAGGCCAAUCGAAUUGGCAUGAUAAGUUACGUGAUGCUCUCAAUGAGUUGUCCCAACUUCUGCAAGAAGAUGGUGUUGUAAGUGCUUAUGAAAUGCAUUCAUCCGGUCUCGUACAGGCGCUGGUGGCAGUACUUUCCACAAACUAUUGGGACAAUGGUUUAUCUCGAAGCAAAAUGAAUAAAAUGCAGAAACAACGAGUUAAUAUUUUUAAACAAUGCAUUCUUAACAGCAAUACGAAAGGCAACAACGCAGCAUCGGUUCUUGUUCAAAAAUUAGUAGCAGUUUUGGAGAGUACUGAAAAAUUGCCAAUAUAUUUGUAUGAUGCCCCCGGUCCAGGGUAUGGCUUGCAGAUAUUGACGAAACGUUUGCGUUUCCGUUUGGAGCGUGCUGCCUGUGAGACAACGCUUUUUGAUCGGACCGGGCGAACUUUAAAAAUGGAACCUUUAGCCACAGUGGGUCAACUUUCAAAAUACUUAUUAAAAAUGGUUGCGAAACAGUGGUACGAUAUGGAACGUAGUACUUUUCUAUAUUUAAAAAAACUUAGAGAGCAUAAGCAAGGCAUGGUGUUCAAGCAUCAUUAUGACUUUGAUGAAGAUGGGCUCAUUUAUUACAUUGGCUCGAAUGGAAAAACAUGCGAAUGGGUCAACCCAGCACAAUAUAAUCUAGUGCAAGUUAGCAGUUCGGAAGGCAAAACUUUGCCGUACGGAAAACUAGAAGAUAUCCUCUCCCGAGACAGUAUAUCGGUAAACUGCCAUACUAAGGAUAACAAAAAGGCGUGGUUUGCCAUUGAUUUGGGUGUUUAUUUAAUUCCAAAUGCUUAUACUCUGCGUCACGCACGGGGAUAUGGGCGUUCGGCUUUGCGCAACUGGAUGCUACAGGCGUCAAAAGAUGGUGUUAACUGGACAACUCUUGUAACGCAUAACGAUGAUAAGAGCUUGGUGGAUCCUGGAAGUACGGCAACGUGGCCAAUAGUAUGUUCCCCUGAUGAAAAUCAAGGCUUUCGUCAUAUACGCAUACAGCAAAAUGGGCGCAAUGCAUCCGGUCAAACACACUAUCUCAGCUUAAGCGGUUUUGAAAUAUAUGGACGUGUUGUCAGUGUGUGUGAUGAUAUUGGCAAGGGCUCCAAAGAGGCCGAAGCUAAGAUACGCCGUGAACGUAGACAAAUUCGCGCCCAACUUAAGCACAUUACUACUGGCGCACGGGUAGUUCGCGGUGUCGACUGGCGAUGGGAUGAGCAAGAUGGUAGCUGUGAAGGAACAGUGACCGGUGAAAUUCACAAUGGUUGGAUCGAUGUUAAAUGGGACCAUGGCAUAAGGAAUUCAUACCGAAUGGGAGCAGAAGGAAAGUAUGAUUUGAAACUCGCUAACAGCGAGAAUGUUUCAAUGUUUGAUGGAGGGUCUAAUAUAGUGCCAAGUACUAUUGGCAACAGCUCGAAGAAAGGGAUUUCUCUAACGUCAAGAAAGUCGAGUUCCACACCAUCUCUGCCAGAAGCAACAGAAAUCAAUCGUAACUCUGAAGGACCUCCCGAUCAAGCUGCAUCCGCUGACAAUUUGGCCUGGAAACAAACUGUGGAAGCUAUCACCGAAGAUGUUUUCUCAUCGGUUAAGUCUCAAAUGCUGGCGGGGGGAUCUGGAUCGGCCAUUGCCCCCGACGAAACGCAGGGAAUUCAACACAAAAAUACAUCAACAAUGGUUGGAGGAGGAGGAGGAGUUUCAUCGGCGACGUCAUCAACACUACUCAGAGAUCGCGACAACAUAACCGAUUUGUCUGCUAUAAAUAAUUCAAUGCAAGCUAUUAAUGCCAAUGUGGCUUCUGAUUUAGCAACCAUAACAGAGAAUUUAGCUUUAAGCGAUAAUCACCCAGCUAUAGGUUUUACCUCAAUCACUACAAAUUCAUCCGCCGGAUACGGCGCAUCAAGUGCAAGCAGUAAAAAUGCGCUAGCAGCAAUAUUCGGAAGCAAUUUUGGAACAGCUGCUGUCGCCGGUGGAGUUGGUGGAGCAUCAUCUUCUUGCGAGGCUAAUAAUAAAAUGAACGCAAACAACUCGGCAACGGGUAGUAGCAGUGGCAUAAGUAAAGGACUGUUAGUGAAUUUGCGAUCCGGCUCGUCCGCCAGCCAAAGAGUAUCCCAAUUUUCAUCCGAGGCACUAGAGAUGAUUGACAAAAUGCGCGACGGCGUUGAUAUGUUGCGCAAUAACACCAACAAUAUUCUCACGUCGGAUAUUUUAUCUCUUCCCAGUUCAAAUCUUUUAGCAGCCGCCUGCGUAAAUAAAUCCUCUGGCGGAAGAGCCGAUAAUGGAGACAACAUAAGUAAUAUCAGUGUUGAAUGUCCUACGACAACCAAUAUACCGAUGGCAACCGAUGCUUCUGCUGUUGAUAAAAAUUGCACUAGUGCACCGCAAGUAGAGAGCGGUGUGUUUGCUGAGCAACUAAAUGUGGAAAGCAAUGCAAUCAAUGCAGUAGAUGUCCAGGUUCCUGUAGAUAGUGGAGGAAAUAAUGAAAAUGUAGUUUCAGUAUCAGUUUCGAACCAAAUGAGUGUUAGCGUGCCGAAUCUAACAACAACUUCGGCUUCAGAAACACAGUCCCAGUCAGACACAUCUACCCACACCGGUUUUCUAGAAACAUUUGCAGCUAUGGCUCGCCGCCGCACCUCUCAGGGUACCAAUUUGCAAAAUAAUCAAAUGAUGAACACAUCGAAUAGCAAUUCUAACGAACGUAAUAAUCAAAGUACCGGCAGUGGUUCGAAUUCGUUUUUUCCACGUGGUCCCAAUUCGGUCACAAGCCUAGUGAAACUAGCACUUUCUUCAAAUUUCCACUCAGGUCUUCUCAGCACUGCUCAGAGCUAUCCCAGUUUGUCAUCGAAUAAUGCAGCUAAUACAGCUGGGUCCAAUGUGAGUUCGGGUACAGGUAAUGCUGCUUCUGGACAACAAGGCCAAGCCUCAAUUAAUCCUGCAUUGACUAUGAGCCUUACCUCUACGUCCAGCGACAGUGAACAAGUCUCAUUAGAAGAUUUUCUAGAAAGUUGCAGAGCUCCGGCACUAUUAGGUGACAUGGACGACGACGAUGACAUGGAUGAGGACAAUGAUGAUGAAGAGAAUGAGGAUGAGUAUGAAGAAGUGGGAAAUACCCUAUUACAAGUCAUGGUAUCCCGUAACUUGCUGACAUUCAUGGAUGAUGAAACUUUGGAGAACCGUUUAGCAGGUGUUACCAAACGUAAAUCAUGGGAUGAUGAAUUCGUUCUAAAACGUCAAUUCUCGGCACUUAUACCCGCAUUUGAUCCAAGGCCGGGUCGCACCAAUGUCAACCAGACAUCAGAAUUAGAUAUACCAACACCUGGUACAAGUACCGAUUCUAUGCGAACGAAUGAUCAAGAGCCUCUUCAGCAGCCGGUUUUGGCAUUAUCCUUGCGAGGACCCAGUAUAGGAGGAAUUCCAGAUGUAGAAAUUGAACUGGAUAAUCACGACUGGACCAUUUUCCGAGCUGUACAAGAACUUCUACAAGCUUCACAAAUGAACAAGUCCGAUAAAUUUCGUAAAGCUUGGGAACCCACCUACACAAUUGUCUAUAGAGAGGUGCAACAGUCUGUUCAAUUGGAGGAAGCCAUUGAUGCAGAUGAAGGACCCAACACUCCAGUAGUUUCAUCGAAGAGCGGUGCUUCGACCUUGUCACCCAACUCGCCUGUAAGAAGUGAAUUCAUAACAUCUGAAAACGUCAAUUGCACAGUAGAAGAUGUUCUGCAAUUACUAAGUCAGUUAAAUACACUUAAUCAAUCCACAAAUGAAACUGUUAACGACUCAAUCGACGCUAGUUUCCACACAAACCCCCAUUUGCCGAAUGAGAUUUUCAUGAGCAAAAAAAUCACAAAUAAACUACAGCAGCAAAUUCAAGAUCCAUUGGUGUUGUCUAGCAGCUCAUUGCCAAUAUGGUGUGAGGACUUGAAUCAAUCGUGUCCAUUUCUGUUUCCAUUCGAAACUCGGCAAUUGUACUUUAACUGCACAGCAUUUGGCGCUUCAAGAAGCAUUGUUUGCUUGCAGUCUCAAAGAGAUGCCACUCUGGAACGGCAGCGUAUGCCAGGAUUAAGUCCCAGGCGCGAUGAUCAACAUGAAUUCCGUGUGGGACGGCUUAAGCAUGAGCGAGUUAAAGUACCGCGGGAUGAAAAUUUAUUGGAAUGGGCUAUGCAAGUAAUGAAAGUUCAUUGUAACCGUAAAUCCGUAUUGGAAGUGGGCUUUUUAGGCGAAGAGGGAACUGGCUUAGGACCUACUUUGGAGUUCUUUGCUUUGGUUGCUUCAGAGUUGCAACGAUCCGACUUAUGUAUGUGGUUGUGCGAUGACGAACAUAUUAAUGCUGAAGAAAUCAAAGAGUCGGCUGGCGAAAAGAUUCUGGACCCAUCCACCAGAGAUGGUUUUAAACCAAUCGGCUACUACGUCAACAGGCGUGAAAGCGGCCUCUUUCCGGCCCCAUUACCUCAAGACUCGGAAGUUUGUGAAAAAGCCUGCAAAUAUUUUUGGUUUUUAGGGGUAUUCAUUGCUAAAGUUUUACAAGAUAUGCGUUUGGUUGAUCUCCCACUUUCGAAUUCUUUUCUGCAAUUACUAUGUCACAAUAAAAUGCCAUCGAGUUCGAAUGCACAUGUAAGGCCAGUUACUGCUGCCGAUGACGCAAUGGUGUCUUCGGUAAUUUCGGAGGAAUCUGAAUUGGCAGAUACAUGUUCCAAAUUACUUGGAACUACUUAUCGUUCAGAGCCUAGAUGGUACGAUGGCAUUUUAUCCUAUGAAAAUCUUGCCGAAAUCGACCCCAUUCGUUAUGAAUUUAUAAAAGAAAUUCAAGAUUUUUUGGCACGCAAACAGGCUAUUGAAUCGGACCUAAGUAUACCAUCGGAACAACGGCAGCAUGCCAUUGCAGAGCUCAAGCUACAAACAAGAAAUGGAAUGGAUGUUAAACUGGAAGAUCUCGCAUUGACGUUCACCUAUUUACCCAGCUCUUCCGUCUAUGGAUAUGAAUAUGUAGAACUUGUACCAAAUGGCGCAGAGACUGACGUGAACAUUUCUAAUUUGGAGGAGUAUUGUGAUCUUUUAAUAAACUUCUGUUUGCAAGAUGGAAUCGCAAAGCAACUAGAUGCUUUCCACAAUGGAUUCUGUGAAGUUUUUCACUUGAAGAAACUGGCCGCAUUUAGUCCAUCUGAGGCGCGCAUGAUGAUAUGCGGCGAACAACACCCAGAGUGGACGCGUGAGGACCUCAUUAAUUACACUGAGCCGAAAUUGGGAUAUUCUAAGGAUAGCCCCGGAUUUUUACGUUUCGUUAAUGUGUUAAUGAGUAUGACAGGGCCAGAACGAAAGGCAUUUCUUCAGUUUACAACCGGUUGCAGCAGCUUGCCACCUGGGGGGUUGGCCAAUUUACAUCCCCGGCUGACGGUCGUUCGAAAAGUAGAUGCCGGUGAAGGCAGCUAUCCCUCGGUUAACACAUGUGUCCACUAUUUGAAAUUGCCUGAUUACCAGACAGAGGAGAUUAUGAAGGAACGUUUGCUGACUGCAACUAGGGAGAAGGGAUUCCAUUUGAAUUAAAUUUUUGUUUUCUCUUAUUACUGUUGAUUGCAUAGGAUUUUGUUUUGUGUUGUUUGUGUUCGUUAUCGGAUUUUCAGCUUUAUCAUUACUAACCCUAUCUAUAUAUAUAUAACGCUUUAAUAUAAUUCAUCUCCAAUUCGAUGGCUCGAACAUUGUUAUGCAAUUUUUGGUCAUAUAUCAAAAUUCAAGUUCCAUAUCUAUUCAAUUUCUGCUUAUGAAAAAUUCCUCAUUAUUUUUUUAUUAAAACGAAACACUUCUCGGUCUAUAACAUCAUCAUUAUCGUUUGUGUUCUCGCCUGUCUAUUGUCUAUGAACGUUUCCGAGGUUUCCGAUUUGUUCGGGCUGCUUUUUUAAAAGUACGUGCUUUGCGCCAAACAUGUGGUUGAAAUUUUCGAAUUGGUUUGACUUGUUUUCCCGUUGGCUCUAGCUCUUCUUUGUGUUUCAUUUUUAGGGUACAUACAAUGUUUCUCAUCUUAAGUUCUUUAAUAGGUGUAACAAUUCAAACCAAAUUACCGUUAACUACUAAACCUUUUAUUACUAUCAUUAAAUACCACCAUUAGUAGUAAAUAAAUAUACAACAUACAUAUACAUAUUAAAAAAAAAUAUAUAUAUAUAUACAAAACAAAUAUAUGCUGAGGUGAAUAUUAAGUGUUUCUUAUAAUGAUUACAAACAAAUACUAAUUAAUGUAAAUAAUAUUAAAAAUUUAAUUUAUUACUAUAUACAUAUAGCAAGCUUAUAUUAAAUAAUGAAAUUUAAUGAAAAUUACAUACAUACAUUAUACACACACCUUUUUAAAUAAAAUCAAUCAAUCAAACAAAACAAGCUAUCAAAAGAAGACGGCAAUAGCUAUACAAACCUGCACAUGGCAUGGAGCUAUUACCAUACAAGCACCUAUGGGUUACUGCAGUGUAUCGGAAUGAGUGAAAAGAACGGCUAGAAUUGCGGCCAUUCAGGUAAAUGAUGAUUUUGUAUUUCUAUAAUUUUUAUUAAUAUUUGUCGCAGUCAACCUGCACCCACUCCUCCUAAGCGAAGGUAUUGUUAUUUCACCAACAAACCUGAAGAGUAUACUAAACAAAUGUUUCGUAGAUGAUCCAAUUCAAUUUAAGUUUUCAACAUUAAAAAAAAGCAAAAAGUUCUAAACACAAUUUUAUCAAAUUAUCUUCAUCAUUAUCGAACGUAAGAGCAAGCCCCAUUUGAUAUAAUUUCAAAAGGCUUCAGGUUCAAAGAUUGGCAUAUGUAUGUAUGUGUGUACACCUUAGAUAUGUUUUCACAUUGGAUUAUAUUAAAUUUAAAAAAAUAAACAAAAAAACCGCUUAACUUUAAUUAAAAAUGCUAUAGCUUUGCUUAUUUUUGUCCUGAAUAUCAUUAUCACCAUGUUAUCCUAUUUAAUUACCUUAGUUUGUAAGAUUAUCUCCUAAGAGUUACAUGAACACACUUCGUAAUAAAUCUUAUUAAAAUGAA